UGUUCUGCUUAACAAUCUUCAAGAUGCUUGUAACGAAUUCGGAGCAGGGUAGUACUCUACGUUAGCAAACCAUCCAAAUCAUGUCGAGAAUAAUAUCUUCCCCCUAAAGUAUUUAAACUGGAGAUAUUGCAUUUUCAACAUCAUUCACUUCUCUUCCAUUGUCGAGAACAAACAAAAUCAAAAACAUUAAAAAUGUUCAAACAGGUCAUUUUCGCUGCUCUCCUCGUCGUCGUGGCCGCUAAGCCCGGCAUCCAUUCUGUAGCCUACCCUGCACCCUAUGUGGCUGCUCCUGCCGUAGCCUACACUUCUCCGGUCGCCGCUGCUUACACCGCCCCUGUGGCUGCGGCUUACACUGCUCCGGUUGCCGCAGCGUACGCACCCUAUGCCGCCGCAUACACUGCUCCCGUCGCAGCAGCAUACACCGCUCCAGUAGCAUAUUCCGCAGCAUACAGAGCUCCCGUGUUCUUCAAAUAA